AUGUUUGUUGAUAGUGAAGAAAUGAUCGGACCGUCUUCAGAAAUGAGUAAUGAAUCCGAGACAGUGCGGGGGAAACGUCGGACCUUUGACGAGCUGGACAUCGAUAGUUUCUGCGAAGAAAUCUGCCAGUCCACGAAGAAACACCACUCAAUGGAGCUAAAUGACGACCCGAUGGACAUAAGUGUGGCUACUUCUUCUUUUCCGCUUAUCGCUUCAAUCCAGGAGCCUUCUUCUAACCCUGGAUCCGUCGCUCGGCUGGAAGUUCUCGUCGUCGACGGCACCUGGGACAUGGAGAACUUCGAAAAGUCGGACUUUAUCCAGCUUGAGUCCUCGGAUAUUAUUGAACCUGAAAUUUUAAACGACGGUCAGAAUAUUACUGGGGAUUUUGAAACUGUUCUUUCUUACUGGGAAGUUCCUGAGGAACAAGUCAAAGUUAAUAGUAUUAAUAACAAUAAUAAGAAUAAUAAUAACAAUAAUAAUAAAAAUAAUAAUAACAGUAAUCGUAACAAUAUGAAUAAUUUUUAUCAAAAUUCUGUUAAUAAAAGUAACAGGAAUUUUAAUGAUAACAAUCAGUUGGAUGAAGAAGACGGCAAUCUUUCCUGGUUAUUGGAUUUUAAACUUGACUCUUUAAUUGAAGCACCUGAUGACAAAAUAAUUACCACAACCAAAAGCCGACAACCAUUCAAUUGCUCGGACAACGCAUCAAUGUACCAAAGCUUAAAGAAAAGUCUCGCUGAUGAAUCAGUACAAAAACAACCAAGUGUUCCCAGCGGGUUGUUAAACAAUCCCAAGUACUCGGAGCGUUAUGGCGGGCUGAAGAAACCGCCGUUUACAUACACUGAGCUAAUAGAACACGCUUUGCAAGAACGGGGUGAAUUGACAGUAUCAGCAAUUUAUCAAUGGAUAUCAAACAAUGUUACAAUUGACGAAGUAGCAGCAGCAACAGCAAGUAUAACUCAACCGGAGGUAUUAUCUCCAAUCAGUCUCGAGCACUGCGCAGAGCAGAUACUGAACGGCAUAAAGAAGGAAGUACAAGUGCAGUACUUAAUGCCAAUAAUGACAGUCCAGAGAGAGGACCCAGAAACCGGACACAGACACCUGGAGCUCAGCGCCAACAAGCAAACCGGAACCGAUUUCCUGAACCCAGUGGCCAAAGAAGUCGUCGCCGAGGAGUGUGGGCUCAUUGGGGAGAGCUACCUAGUCACAGACCUCAACCCUUCAGCCCUAGGUCUUAAUUUCAUUGAACCCGAAACAAUAACCCCAGAUCACUUGUUCGGCGAAGAACUGAGCUUCCAGUUCUACGAAUUGACUUCGCCCUCGCAGCUCCAGUCAGCCUGA